GGCCGGCCGCACCCCUGCCCAGCAUGUCGGCGCUCGAGUGGUACGCCCACAAGUCGCUGGGCGACGGCAUCUUCUGGAUCCAAGAACGCUUCUACGAGUCGGGCAACCGCGCCAACAUCUGGCUGGUGCGCGGCUCCGAGCAGGACGUGGUGAUCGACACGGGCCUGGGGCUGCGCAGCCUCCCGGAAUACCUGUACUCCUCGGGCCUGUUGCAGGACUGCGGGGCCAAGGAGGAGGAGGACGCGGCCCGCCGGCCGCUGCUGGCCGUGGCCACCCACGUGCACUUCGACCACUCGGGCGGCCUCUACCAGUUCGACCAGGUGGCCGUGCACCACGCCGAGGCCGAGGCCCUGGCCCGCGGGGACAACUUUGAGACGGUGACCUGGCUCUCCGACAGCGAGGUGGUGCGGGCGCCCAGCCCCGGCUGGAGGGCCAGGCAGUUCCGGGUGCAGGCGGUGCAGCCCACCCUGGUCCUGCAGGAUGGGGAUGUGAUCAACCUUGGUGACAGACAGCUCACUGUCAUGCACAUGCCAGGUCACUCCAGAGGUAGUAUUUGCUUGCAUGACAAAGACCGAAAGAUUCUCUUCAGUGGAGAUGUCGUGUACGAUGGAUCACUGAUUGACUGGCUCCCAUACAGCAGGAUAAGUGACUAUGUUGGCACUUGCGAACGUCUGAUAGAAUUAGUGGACAGAGGUCUGGUGGAGAAGGUGCUUCCUGGCCACUUCAAUACCUUUGGUGCCGAAAGGCUUUUUCGAUUGGCUUCUAACUAUAUUUCAAAAGCUGGGAUAUGUCACAAAGUGUCUACAUUUGCCAUGAGAUCUCUUGCAAGUCUAGCCUUACGUGUAACAAAUUCUAGGACCUCACCCUAAUAUACAUAUAUAUAUAUAUA